AUGUCUGAAUUAAUAGAUGAAUAUUUUGACGAGGCUUUAGCUAUCGUCAAAGCGGCUGGAAAACUUAUAACAGAGCAUGUUAGCGGGUGUAAAGAAUUCGAAUUUAAAUCCUGCGACAUUGAUUUAGUGACAGAAGUUGAUAAAAAUGUAGAAGAAAUGCUAAUUGGUGGAUUGUCAAAAACGUUUCCUGAACACAAAUUCAUAGGAGAAGAAUCGGUUGCUGAUGGUGCUAAAUGCAUCUUGACUGAUGACCCUACGUGGGUGAUAGAUCCAGUAGAUGGUACCCUGAAUUUUGUUCAUGGAUUUCCUCACAGUUGUAUUUCCCUUGGCCUAGUGAUAAAUAAAGAAUCAGUUGCUGGAAUAAUCUAUAAUCCAAUUAUUGGCCAGUUGUUUACAGCUAAAAAAGGUCAAGGAGCCUUUCUGAACGGCAGACAAAUUCAUGUUUCUAAAAUAAAUGAGCUGAAGAAGGCUUUGAUUGCUUUUGAAGCAGGGACGAGCCGUGAUGAAGAAAAAUGUAGAGCAGUUAUGGAAAACUUUAAAAUGGUGGUUAACAAAGGUCAUGGUGUGAGAUCAUUGGGUUCUGCAGCUUUGAAUAUGGCUAUGGUUGCCAUGGGUGGAGCAGAUGCCAAUUUUGAGUUUGGUAUACAUGCAUGGGAUGUAGCUGCUGGGGAUAUUCUCGUUAGAGAGGCUGGUGGAGUGUGUAUAGACCCAUCUGGAGGACCCUUCGAUUUAUUAUCACGAAGGGUUCUGUGUGCUAGCACCCCAGAGCUAGCACAAGAAUUGGCCGAAUCACUUGUACAAUAUUAUCCAGAAAGGGAUUAA